CAAUACCUGAGAAAGAUGAGUGUUAAAGAUAGAAAGACUGAAAGAAAGUUGUGCCCUUUUCUUUUAACUUUCAUUCACUACCUAUACAUACACUAUACAUACACACCCCUAUACCUUCCCAAUUAGCUUUUGUCCCAAUACCCCCCAAAAUUAAAAAAACUUCUUCCCUUUCCUCAAUUUUCACCCCUCCCAUCACACAAUAAUUUGUAUCUAUCUGUAUCUAUACAUACAUAUAUAUAUUGUAUCUAUAAUUAAGGUGCCGAUCACUCUGAGCUGCCAUUGAUGAUGCUGAGCAACAUUGAUCCUUCCCCUCCGCCGCCCCUCUCCGACGACCACCGAUUCGGCGGCAAGCGGAAGCGCCGCCCCGCCGGAACUCCAGAUCCAGAUGCGGAGGUGGUUUCCCUAUCCCCCAAAACCCUAAUGGAAUCGGAUCGGUACGUCUGCGAGAUCUGCAAUCAAGGCUUCCAGCGGGACCAGAACCUGCAGAUGCACCGGCGCCGCCACAAGGUUCCAUGGAAGCUCCUGAAGCGAGAAUCUCCGGUGGCCAAAAAACGCGUGUUCGUCUGCCCCGAGCCGACCUGCCUCCACCACGACCCCCGCCACGCCCUCGGCGACCUCGUCGGAAUUAAGAAACACUUCCGCCGGAAACACAGCAAUCAGAAGCAAUGGAUUUGCCAGAAAUGCUCCAAAGGCUACGCCGUCCAGUCCGAUUACAAAGCUCACCUCAAAACCUGCGGCACCCGCGGCCAUUCCUGCGACUGUGGCCGUGUCUUCUCCAGGGUGGAGAGUUUUAUUGAGCAUCAAGAUGCCUGCACUAUGGGCCGGCUCCGAUCGGACCCCCACCGCGCCGCCCAUCCGCCGCCGCCGCCACCGCCGCUGCCGCGGCCUUGCCUGUCGCGGACGGCGUCGAGUCCCAGCCCUUCCACCGACACGAAUCUCAGCGUCGCGCCUUGGGCUGCGGCGGUUCUUACUUUAGCGAACCCGGCUGAGCCGCCGGGUUUCUUCAACAAAAAAACCGACGGCGCCGCCGUCUCCGCCGCAUCCCGGUCCCCGAAUCUGGAGCUCCAGCUCCUCACAAAAUCGAGCAUCUCAGGAACCGACACGUGGCGGAAAAUGGACGAUCAGGAUCAUUCCACCCAUCUCCACCUCUCGAUGGGCUCCUCGCCGGAGACGACGAUCGGAGAAAAACCCGACGCCGCCGUCAACGGUUGCUCCCCGAGGGGGAGCACCUCGACCACCACCACGACGACCCCCAACUCGGCGGCGGCGAAGCUGAAGGAACAAGCCGACGAGCAUCUCCGAAUGGCGAUGGCGGAGAAGGCCUACGCGGAGGAGGCACGGCGGCAGGCGCGGCGGCAGAUCGAGGUGGCGGAGCAGGAAUUCACGAAUGCGAGAAGAAUCCGGCAGCAGGCGCAGGCGGAGCUGGGGAAAGCUCAGGCGCUGAAGGAGCAGUCGACGAAGCAGAUCAAUUCGACGAUGCUACUAAUCACGUGCCAUUCUUGCAAGCACAAGUACCAGGUGUCACAUCCUCCGCCCGCCACGUGGCCGGCCGUGGUUCCAGAACCUUCUUCGUCUUCCUCCCCGCGCCGCCGCGACAGCUCAUUAGGGCUUAGUUACAUAUCGUCUGCACUCAGAGAAUGGGAAUUCAGCAACAAACAGAUCUGAUCAUACACCACUCCAAUUACCAUUUUUAAUUAAUCCAUUUGCUUCGUCGAUUAAUCAAUUAGGGAUUUGUAAGGGUUUCUUAAUUCCUAAUACUAUAAAAUAAAACAAUCAGCUUCUGUAAUUAAUUUACUACUCUCUCUCUCUCUCUCUCUCUCUCUCUCUCUCUCUCUCUCUCUCUCUCUAUGAAGAAAGCUAAGGACAGUGAGUGUACUGUCUACACCAAUUAUAGCUACAAUUUAAUGUAUAAUCUGAAACAUAGAUUAUAUCCAGAACUAAUGUAUGGUGUGCAAUUGAUUAGUAC